AUGCAUGUGAAGUACCUGCCAGAGACCCUGGGAGAGUCGGAGAAAAGGAAUCAAAGCAAAGGAAAAGCCAGGCUUUCUAAACUGGAGAGAUAUUUUGGUCUCCACAAACUUGGAGAACAAGAUGGUGAAACUAUACCUGAAAACUAGGAGUUGGCAUUGAAGCAAGAAGUCAUAAAAGAAAUGGAACAUUUUGGGAACAGCAGAUUCCAAAGAGAUGUUCUUCUAGAUUCUAACUACAGAGAACCUUGCAAAUGUGAGAGCAAGGUGGAAAAACAGAGGGGACAUCUCACUGGAGAGAGACGUCACAGGUACAGUGAAUUUGGGAAAAGCUUUACUCAGAGUUCAGUCCUCAUUCAGCACCAGAGAAUCCACAGUGGGGAGAAGCCCUAUGAGUGUGAAGAAUGUGGGAAGACCUUCAGUUGGAGGUCAGUCCUGAUUGAACAUCAGCGGAGCCACACUGGAGAGAGGCUCUAUCAAUGUAAGGAGUAUGGAAAAGCCUCUAGUGCCAAAAAUGGCCUCAUCGGACACAGAAGAAUCCACACGGGGAAACCGUAUGAAUGCAAACAGUGUGGGAAAGCAUUCUGCCUGAGCUCUUACCUUGCUCAGCUUCAGAGGAUACACACUGGGGAGAAUUGCUAGUGGUGUAAGGGGUGUAGGAAGGCCCUCAGUCAGAAUUCAGGCCUCUUCCAGCAUCUCCGAAUCCACACUGGGGAGAAACUCUACCAGUGCAGUCAGUGUGGUAAAGGCUUUAGUAGGCGAACACUCCUUAUAAAACAUCAGAGAAGCCACACUGGAGAGAGACCGUAUGAUUUUGAUGAGUGUGGGAAAGCCUUCAGUCAUCACAGCAGCCUUAUUAGGCACUUUAGAAUCCACACUGUUGCCAAACUGAACUGA